AUGGGGCUCGGGGCCGCGGCGGGGAUGGCGCUGGGCGACCCGCCGGCGGACUACGGCUCCAUCGCGGCGGUGGGGCUGUUCGUGGCGCUCAUGUGCGUCUGCAUCAUCGUGGGGCACCUCCUCGAGGAGAACCGCUGGAUGAACGAGUCCAUCACCGCGCUCUUCAUCGGGCUGGGGACUGGAGCGGUCAUCCUGUUCGCGUCGAGCGGGAAGCACUCGCGCGUGCUGCUGUUCAGCGAGGAUCUCUUCUUCAUAUACCUGCUGCCACCGAUCAUAUUUAAUGCAGGGUUCCAAGUAAAGAAGAAACAGUUCUUCCGUAAUUUCAUUACUAUUACGCUAUUUGGUGCAGUUGGGACCUUGAUCUCUUUCACUGUAAUAUCUCUUGGUGCUCUAGGACUAAUAUCAAGGCUUGAUAUUGGUGCACUCGAGCUUGGAGACUAUCUUGCACUUGGGGCAAUAUUCUCGGCAACGGAUUCUGUAUGCACGUUGCAGGUGCUAAGCCAGGAUGAGACACCCUUCUUGUACAGUUUAGUGUUUGGUGAAGGUGUUGUCAAUGAUGCGACAUCAGUUGUGCUGUUCAAUGCAAUCCAGAACUUCGAUCUUGGCAAUAUCAAUACUGCCAAAUUACUAGAAUUUAUUGGCAACUUCCUUUAUUUGUUCAGCACCAGCACCAUUCUUGGAGUAGCCGCUGGACUUCUCAGUGCUUAUAUCAUCAAGAAGCUGUACUUUGGCAGGCACUCGACAGAUCGUGAAGUUUCCAUUAUGAUGCUAAUGGCUUACUUGUCAUACAUGCUAGCAGAAUUGCUUGAUUUGAGUGGAAUCCUCACAGUGUUCUUUUGUGGUAUCGUAAUGUCACACUAUACCUGGCAUAAUGUAACAGAAAGUUCCAGGGUCACAACCAAGCAUGUCUUUGCGACGUUAUCAUUUAUCGCUGAGACUUUUCUAUUUCUCUAUGUUGGCAUGGAUGCAUUGGAUAUAGAGAAGUGGAAGAUUGUCAGUCAAACUUACAGCCCAGUAAAGUCUGUUGCUUUGAGCUCCACCAUUUUAGCCUUGGUGUUGGUUGCAAGAGCUGCUUUUGUUUUCCCACUAUCCCUUCUAUCAAAUUGGACCAAAAAAACUCCAGAAGGAAAGAUUUCUUUUAAGCAGCAAGUAAUUGUUUGGUGGGCGGGUCUCAUGAGAGGUGCCGUGUCCAUUGCGUUGGCUUACAAUAAGUUCACAAGAUCAGGCCAUACUCAGCAACCUAGCAAUGCAAUCAUGAUCACCAGCACAAUAAGCGUUGUUUUUUUCAGCACAAUUGUCUUUGGGCUACUGACCAAGCCACUUAUCAGGCUCUUGAUCCCGCCAAGGCACCUAUCCAGGGAACCAAGCGCUCUUUCUGAACCAUCCAGCCCAAAGUCCUUCCUUGAGCAUCUGGCUGCGAACAGCCCUGGUCACCCCGAUCUUGAGAAUGGCAUAAGCCUCCGCCGCCCGUCAAGCCUCCGCCUGCUCCUGGUGAGCCCAUCACGGUCAGUCCACCAUUACUGGCGCAAGUUCGACGACAGCUUCAUGCGGCCUGUGUUUGGCGGCCGCGGCUUCGUUCCCUUUGUCCCUGGCUCGCCAACUGAGAGCAGCGUGCCGCUACUUGCAAGAAACGAGAACUGAAACCAGCACGGCAAGAGGAUGAAAUUCAGCAAAAGUUUUGUAAAUUAGCUUCGUCUAGUAUAAUUGGUGUAGAUCUGAGGUGGUAGAUUUACAUGGUAGCUGGUACACGCUGAUGUAGGCUAGUUGCCUGACCACAUGGCUGUACAUAUCAACACCUGCUGUUCAGUACAUGUUCUUAAUUAAUCUGUAUUUAUAUAUUGCGUAUAUUGGAUUACAAAAAAUGGACCCUCCAAUUUAGAAAAUAAAUCGUGCUGAAUCUUUUUA